AUGGGCGUUACGGGGUUGGUUGGUUGGCCCAGGCAUGAGGAAGGGCAUGAGAUGAGACAGGCUUGGGGCCUGUUGAGUGGCGUGGUGGCGGUGAGCCCCAUCUGGCCGCUCAGCACGCCGCCCUGCUCCUCCUCCCCGCACGCCCCCCCCGCGUUCUUUUCCCCCUCAUGGCGCCCGCUGCUGCCGCUCUCCACGUCCAUCGCCACCACGUGCCUCGCGUCGCUAGGCGCGCCGUGCGCGCCGGAUUUCAACGCGGGGAAGGAGACGCCGUGGUGCUUGGCGCACGGUGGCGGUAACAGGCCGGCGGGCGGAGCAUCGGCGGACGGAGCGGCGGAUUCCGCGCGCCCUGCAUGGACGCUGCCGAGGAUCACCUCCGCUGCGCCCUACGGCACGUGGCGGCGCGUGAUGCCGUGCGCGCCGCCGCCCACUGCUGUGAUCACGCGCCGCCUGCACGACGCGCAGCUGCUGGGGCAGGUGCCCGGCCUCGCGUUCUGCUCGCGUCCCGUCGACAGCGACGCCGAUAAGAGCAGCGGCGCCCCCGAGGCGGCGAAGGAGGAGGAGGCGCUGCGGCUGGUGGCGGGCGCGUGCGUGCUGCCGCAUCCCGACAAGCUCGACCGCGGCGGGGAAGACGCCUUCUUCAUCCUCCCCGACGUCUCCGCCUUAGGGGUGGCGGACGGCGUGGGCGGAUGGGCGGACGUGGGGGUGGAUGCGGGCGCGUACGCGCGCGAGCUGAUGGGGGAGGCUCAGGCCGCCGUCAGGCGCGAGCCCAAGGGGUGCGCGGACACCCUCCGCGUGCUGACGUCAGCGCACGCCAACACGCGCAGCCAGGGCUCGUGCACCGCGUGCCUUGUUGUGCUCACUGCUGACCGGUUGCAGGCGGCGAAUCUGGGCGACAGCGGGUUUGUGGUGGUGCGCAAUGGGCGGAUCAUCUUCAAGUCGCCCCCGCAGCAGCACGACUUCAACUUCCCCUUCCAGCUCGGCAGCGACGGCGGUGACUCGCCCUCCGCCGCUGAGGUGUUUUCCCUACCAGUGGCAGCGGGGGACGUGGUCGUGUUGGGCACAGACGGCCUGUUUGACAAUGUGUUUGACAGCGAGCUCGCCUCCACCGUCAUGCACUCCUUGCUGGCGGGGCGCGAGCCGCAGCACACGGCGGAGCACAUCGCCACGCUGGCGCGCACGCGCGCGCAGGACCGCAUCCGCAUCUCGCCCUUCGCGCGUGCAGCACAGGAGGCGGGGUACCGGUACUAUGGGGGCAAGCUGGAUGACAUCACCGUUGUCGUGGCUUAUUUCCUUCGCGCAACCAUGUCUUCUCGUAGCCAUUCCCCCCCCCCCCUCCCCGAGGGGUACAAGUUGGAGGAGGAUGGGGAGGUGGAGGCGGACGAGGACGACGUUUGCCUCGAUGAGUGGGAGGGACAGGAGGAGGAAGAGGAGGAGGAGGAGGAGGAGGAGGAGGAGGAGGAGGAGGAGGAGGAGGAGGAGGAGGAGGAGGAGGAGGAGGAGGAGGAGGAGGAGGAGGAGGAGGAGAGCUAG